AUGAUAAAAUUACUGUCUUUUAUUAUCUUGGUAUGCUAUUUCUUUCUCUUUUGUAAUGGCGGAACAUUACCGCCUGGACAAGCAGUCGAAGAAACAUUAAUAACAAUAUUGCUAACUCGCUAUAAUAAAAAUAUAAGACCAGAUGAACAAGUAUCAAUUGAUAUCACUGCUUCACUACAACAAAUUGUUGCUAUAGAUGAAAAACAACAAAUAAUGACAUCAAGUAUAUUUUUCUCGCAAAGCUGGAUCGAUAGUCGAUUAUCAUGGAUGCCAACUGCUCCAAAUAAUAUUACAGUAGUUAUGCUACCAGUUAAAAGUUUAUGGAUACCAGAUACAAUGAUAUUGAAUUCUGCAGAUGCCAGUGGUUAUCUUACAGUAAGCGAUUAUAGUUUGGCAUCUGUCUAUUAUACAGGUCAAGUGUAUAUGAUAUUACCAGCAUUAACAAUAAGAACAAGAUGUAGUUUCUUUGUUCAAAAGUUUCCAUUUGAUAGACAAAUGUGCAGCAUUAAUCUAACAUCAUGGAGUCAAGGAUAUAAUAGAAUUGUGUAUACAGAAAACCGUAGUUUAGUAAUUGAUACCAGUGGAUAUAGUGAACAUCCUUUAUGGAAAUUGAGUGGAACAGAUUUGGAUAUAACCGAUGCAGCAGAUAGAGCACCAUUUGAGAACACUGUUAAUCCUGUUAUAUCCAUACAAUUAUUUCUACAAAGAAAACCAUUAUUUUUUAUGAUGAAUGGUAUAUUUGCAUGUUUGAUUUUAAAUUGUGUUACGUUGUUAUCAUAUCCAUUACCAUUUGCAACACAAAUCGGUCUAUGUAUGACAUGUUUUAUGACAUAUUCUGUUUACUCACUAAAUUUCUCCAGUCUAUUUCCACAACAGUCUCAAUAUUUAAUGAUGAUCACAUUAUACUUUUUGUUAUCAAUUUGUUGGACGUUAUUAUCAAUGACAUGGUUUAUCAUGUAUAAUCAUUUUACAGCAAAAGCUGAAAUGCCAAAAUGGCUUUAUACUUUUUGUGGACUAUUGCAAAGAGUGUUUUGUUAUUGUUUUCCAAUACCAAAACAAGAUGACAAGUCAAAUCAAAAGAAGAAUGCUAUUGCUGAUAAUAGUGAAGAUCAAAGAGGUAAUAUAUGUAGUCCAUCUAAUCUUUCUAAUAGUCGUAUUUCAGUUAAAGUGCAACCAAAAGAUCUGAAAUUUUCAUCAUAA